CACCCCCAAAAAAGGAAGACAAGAAUGUGUUCCUGCGACACUGGAGGGCGCUGUUCAUUUAUGAAAACAUGGCGCCUGGCUUGAGUGAGAAAGAUUUGUACGAAGUGCUCGGGGUUUUACAAGAUGCGACAGUGCCUGAGAUCAAGAAAGCCUACAGGAAGAAAGCGCUGACGUGCCAUCCUGACAAAAAUCCAGACAACCCCAGAGCAGCAAAGGAAUGGGAAGAACUGUCAAAAGCACUUGAAAUUCUGACCGACUCAGAAGCAAGGGCUGCUUAUGACAAAGUUUUGAAAGCCAAGAAAGCCACUGAGCUGCGGAAUCGAGCCCUUGAGAGUAAGAGGAGAAAGGUCAAAGAAGAUCUUGAGGCAAGAGAAGCAGCAUUUCGAGAUGAGCAAGACAGGACUAAAGGCAAAGAUGCAGCGCAACAACUUCAAGAAGUGAUCAAGAGGCUCCAGGAAGAAGGUUCUCGUAUCUUGGCUGAGGAGCAGAGACUCUUGAAGGAGGAACUUCAGCGGGAAGACAGCCAGGCUCAUCAGGGAGAAGAUGACCCUCCCCGUCUUAAAGUUAAGUGGAAGAGCAAGAAGUCAGAUGAGACGAAUGGAGGAUACAACUAUGAUGUCUUAUACAGAACCUUCCAGAAGUACGGUUCAAUUACAAAUUUGCUGGUGUCAAGCAAGAAGAGAGGGAGUGCCGUCGUGGAGUUUGGUACAUCCAGGGCUGCAGAACUUGCAGUCAGAAAUGAGUUGGGAUUGAGUAGCAAUCCCUUGGAGCUAUCAUGGCUGUCAGGUCAGCCCCAGCCAUCCGCAGUAGCAUCAGGCUCAUCAACACAGCAGCCCACCCCCACAACAGAUGCAGACUUUGAAUCCAUGGUGCUCCAGAGGUUGAAAAAUGCCAGACAGCCAAAAAAGGCCACUCCACAACAUGCCGAGGAGGAAAGAAAUGUAGAACAAUCAACCGUUCAAGAUGGCCGCCAUACUGAUGCUUCUGCAGCUGAGGAACAGCAUUUGAGGAACACCGAAGAUGACUUACGGACGGCUGAGGAUUUACGCUCAAGUGUGGGCGGAGUUAAAAGAGUUUGUCCGGAGGAUGAUAGCGUCCCCACAGAGGGGCAAGCCGACACAGGUCGCUCAACUUUUGUGACUUCCAACACGGGCGGAGCCCAGGCUAAGGAUUACGAGAGUUUGGAAUCGAUGAGAAUGAGGCAGAAUGCGGAGAGGCAGAGGUUGAUAGAGCAGAUGGCCAAAGAAGAUGCUGAGGAGUCAUAGGCCAUUUUCCAAACUCCGGUCUCGUCUCCGUCUCUGGCUUCAUUCAUGCAGUAUGGCAAUGAGCCGGAGACGGAGCCAAAACCGAAGCCGGGGUUUGGAAAACGGCCCUAGUAUCAAGAGCUACAUGUCUUGCAUGGGUGCAUAGGAAGCAUCUCGGGCUUCACAGCGAAAAAAUACAACUGUAAACCAGGAAAGGGAUUUCCUUGAGUGACUUUGCAGGCAGCCAUAUUUGCUGUGUAUCAUUUGUGUACAUGUGGCUAAAACCAUGGCAGCAAUUAUCAGUGGCUAUUUCAGUAGGAAAUCCUCGGUAUGCGACACAAAUGUUUGAAUAUAAUUACACAAGCUAUGCUUUUUGGAGACCUCCGCCACUUAUUGUAACAUGAGAUUUUGGUAAUUCUUUUCAUCAAUUUUUAAGUGG